GGGAAAGUUCACUCUGUGAGUUCAGCCGUGUGUCGAGACGGGGAUAGUUUUACCGGGCGUGUGUUUUCCAGACGUUCAGAGGCGAUGCCAGCCUGUGGUGGAGCUGUGCCAUAAAGCAGAAGGAGAGUCUUUUGACCCAGCUGCUCGUCCAGUGACCAAGGUGCUCCUCCUGUCUUAGGGAUAUUAUGGGACCCCUCCCCUUUCACCUCUCCCCACUCCUCCUGCUCCUUCUCUCCUUGGUCCUCCUGGCCUACCCCUGCACUUCCUUCAGGCCACAGGUCGUAGAGCGAGCGUCUGGCCCCGAGCAGCCUCAACCCGCGGGCAACUCUACAGGGUCUGGAAAGCGGGCGUGUGCAGGCACUGUGGUUUGUAGACCUGGUAUCCUGCUGCCAGUGUGGCUACCGCUCAACCCUCCACUGGGGGAGCAGGCGGGUAGGGCCAUCAUCUACUUCCUGGGUCUCAUGUACAUGUUUCUGGGUGUGUCCAUCAUCGCAGACCGCUUCAUGGCAUCAAUAGAAGUCAUCACCUCUCAGGAGAAGGAAGUGACCAUCACCAAACCUAAUGGUGAAACUACAGUAACUACAGUGAGAAUAUGGAAUGAGACGGUGUCCAACCUCACACUCAUGGCUCUGGGCUCCUCUGCGCCUGAGAUCCUGCUUUCUGUCAUCGAGGUGUGUGGGCACAACUUUAAUGCAGGGGAGCUCGGCCCGGGCACCAUAGUGGGCAGCGCUGCCUUCAAUAUGUUUGUGAUAGUUGGUCUGUGUGUGUGGGUGAUUCCCGACGGAGAGUCUCGCAAGAUCAAACACCUGCGUGUGUUUUUUAUUACGGCUUUCUGGAGUAUUUUUGCCUACAUUUGGCUCUACCUCAUACUGGCUGUCAUCUCACCUGGGAUUGUAGAGGUGUGGGAAGCUGUAGUGACGCUGCUGUACUUCCCUGUGUGUGUGAUCUUGGCUUGGAUCGCUGACCGUCGCCUACUCUUCUACAAAUACAUGCACAAGCGUUACCGUGCUGACAAGCGGCAUGGCAUUGUGGUGGAAAUGGAAGGGGACCUUACGCCCAAAGGCAUCGAUGUGAUCAUGGAUGGGAAGUUGUCGGAUGGCAGUUCAUGCCCUGGAAACUCCUCCAGUGUGACGGUCUCUGUGCAGACGGGCAAUGAACUAGACCAGAACAAAGAUGAGGUGGUCCGCAUCCUUAAAGACCUGAAGGAGAAACAUCCGGACAAAGACCUGGACCAGCUGAUUGAGAUGGCCAACUACUCUGCCCUGAUUCACCAGAAGAAGAGCCGCGCCUUCUACCGUGUCCAGGCGACACGCAUGUUGAUCGGUGCCGGUAACAUAUUAAAGAGACAUGCUGCUGAGCACACACGCCGCUCAGGACAUGAUGAUGCUGACAAGGCCACAUGUUCGCACAUUUGUUUUGAAAGCGCCCAGUACCAGUGCACAGAGAACUGUGGAUCUCUGAGCCUUGGCGUGAUCCUUGAUGGGGGCACAGGUCAGAACACUUUCUAUGUGGACUACUGUACAGAAAAUGGCUCUGCCAAUGCUGGGGCAGACUAUGAAUUCACCGAGGGAACUCUGGUGUUUAAGCCAGGGGAGACCCGCAAAGAGAUCAAGGUUGGUAUCUUGGAUGACGACAUCUUUGAGGAGGAUGAGCAUUUCUUUGUGCGUCUUCAGAAACUGAGGGUAGAAGAAGGUGGAAAUGAAGGCACAGGAACUCCGCCCAGGGGUAGACUAGUGGAGCCACUGGUUGCCACCAUCACUAUCUUGGACGACGACCACGCUGGCAUCUUCACCUUCGGUCAGCGGGUGCUGCGGGUGAGCGAGAGCACAGGCAUAUUGACAGUGACAGUGGUGAGGAACUCAGGAUCCAGGGGCACUGUUGCUGUGCCAUACCAUACAGAGGAUGGCAGUGCCAAGUCUGGGGUGGACUACGAGGAGAGCAGAGGGGAGCUGGAAUUCACCAAUGAACAGACCAGUCAGACCUUACAGGUGCGCAUUAUAAAUGUGGAAGAAUAUGAGAAGCAGGAAAACUUCUUCAUUGUGCUUGAGGACCCCAAAUGGCUGAAGCGAGGACUCUCUGCAUUGCUGCUAAACCAAGGAAACCCAACCCCUGAGGAGGAAGAGGCCAGGAGGAUCUCUGAGAUGGGUAAACCCAUUCUAGGAGAGCACAGCAGGCUUGAGGUCAUCAUAGAGGAGUCCUGUGAGUUUAAGAGCACUGUGGACAAACUCCUGAAGGACACAAAUCUGGCUGUAGUGAUUGGCACUCAUUCGUGGAGAGAGCAGUUCAUUGAAGCAGUCACCGUCAGUUCAGGCGAUGGAGAUGAAGAGGGACAAGAGCAACGAAUGCCGAACUGCUUCGACUAUUUCAUGCACAUAUUGUGCAUUUUUUGGAAGAUUUUGUUUGCUUGUGUCCCGCCCACUGAGUACUGGAAUGGCUGGGCAUGCUUCAUCGUGUCAAUCUCUGUCAUUGGCUUCUUAACAGCCAUUAUUGGAGACCUAGCCUCCCAUUUUGGCUGCACCGUAGGCCUGAGAGACGCUGUCACUGCAGUCGUCUUUGUAGCACUGGGGACUUCACUUCCUGAUACCUUCGCCAGUAAAGUGGCUGCCACUCAGGACCAGUAUGCGGAUGCAUGUAUAGGAAAUGUGACAGGAAGCAAUGCAGUUAAUGUGUUUUUGGGUAUUGGCGUGGCCUGGUCUGUGGCUGCUGUAUAUUGGGAAAUCAAAGGUAAGGUCUUCCGUGUGGACCCUGGCUCGCUGGCCUUCUCCGUUACACUCUUCACCAUUUUUGCCUUCUUCAGUAUGGGAGUGUUGAUGCUCCGCCGGAGGCCGUCCGUAGGCGGUGAACUGGGAGGCCCGCGGAUCACCAAAGUCCUCACUUCACUGCUUUUCUUUGGACUCUGGUUUCUCUACAUCCUCUUCGCCAGCUUGGAGGCCUAUUGCCAUAUACAAGGCUUCUGAGAGAGCACAGUCACAAACACACACACGUCACCAGGACAUUGACCUGGCUGGUACUGUUACAGUAACUACCACUGAAAAGACCUGUCACCACUUGACAACUGCUGCCAUGGCGCGUAAAAAAAAUGUACACACACAACAGACUUGUACGUGCAAAUCUGUGCACCACAUCCACUCCAGGACAGUUCCAGUCAGUAAAAUUGAUUGUGACAGAACUGAUCAUUUUCACUUCAGUGGACUAAAUAACAUGCAGUGACUGCUUUUGAUAAAGAAGAGCAAACGGUCAGCAUGUACGCUGUGAAGUCACUGGAUUUUGCUUGAUGCUGGCUGUGCCUCACGGUUCAUAACCGUAAUAUCAUGUUUGGUCUUGUGUCUCCUCAGGCUGUUAGAGUCUGGAUCUAUAGAUUUGACUUUCUCCUAGUAAUUACAUAAGAAAAGCAAUGACAGCUUCUUACAGAUAUGAGCAAUGUUAAGUGAUAAUACAUGACAAGCUGCUCUGAUAUAUGAAAAUCAUAUAUGAACACCACUGUGCUUCGCAUUACAGCUGUGGAGUCUGUAAUUUCUGUGUGUCAGAAACCAUCACGUUUAAACCAUGGCCAUGUGUCAUGGGCAAAAAGAGGCUGUGUUCAAACUGUUAUCCAUUUCUUAAAGGUUCCACAUUUUACACUUUUCCAGUGUUUUAUUUAAAGUGUUGAUCCAUAAGAAGAUAUAUUUGUGGUUUUAAGAACCAAAAACCAGCUCGAUAUAGUUUUAUAGCUCCUCUCUCAGGCUUUUCUCUGGAGCUCUAGCAACAACAGGUCAGUGAGCCAAUCAGAAGAGAGGCUCUGAGGCUCUCUUCCGAUUAGCUGACUGUUUUCUGAGUGAUUGAAUAAAAAAAAAAAAGCAGAUUUCAGAUAAACACUCAAAGAUACCAAGGCCCAAUCCACCUAUACCCCCCCCCAGAGUGUAACUCUGUUUGUGGAGGGUCUCUUCAUGAAGGGCGAAGAUAUAAAUACACCGGCAAGCUUUGGGGUGCCCUCACUUUACUCCGAUGGAAACAGGAAAUUCAUUGUUAACAAAAAUAUUUCUGAAAGGAUAUUGUAAUUAAUCAAUAUUUAUCUAAAAGAUAAUCUUAUACACAGCAUUGACAAAGAUGUAGGUGUAUGGACAAUGACAUAACACUAAUUAAAUUCAUGGCAUAGUGAGAUUUUUUUGGCUGCAUUUCUUUUUUGUUGAACAUUUUUUCGUUUUUAUUAAUCAGAUUAGAUCCUUGUUUUUUCCAUAGUUCUUGAAAUGAUCAAGUCAAAUAAAAAAACACGUCCCAUUUCCUCAGGUCCACAGCAACAUGUUCAAUCCAAAAUACAAUGCAACUUUUAAUUUCGUUAUGUGUGCAUGAAAAUAGUCUAUCAAAUGUCUGUUUGAAGUGAGGUAACUUAUUACUUCUGUUUUUAGGUAUUGUAUUUGUAGGCAUUUCAUCCGUCACGGACUCAAAGUCAUGCUGCACUUUUCUGGUAGUGUGGUUUGUGAGCCUGCAUCGAUGCAGUCUCGGUGUUGGAGGGCCACUCCCACCUAAGGGUCAUUAGUUUGAAAUGACACUUAAUGUUGUGGACCCUUCACACGAACACGCAAACGGAGUGAGAGUGGGUGUGGGGAGGGUGUAGGGGCUGAGUUGGAACUGCACCCAAAUCCUGCAAAGCUGGAUGGUGCGUCCAGGUGGGCUGUGCUGUGGGCAGUGACUGUAUAGUUGUGACAUCACAAAGUUACAGAAGUCCUGACGGCUUGUUUUAAGGCUCAGUUUCUGAAAACAGGCUGUGUGUGUUUCUCUGUGGACUGAGCGCUUUGAUACUUUCAUACUAUUAAUAUAGAACCUAGACCUGCUCUAUACUCAAAAAAGACAUGGACAUCUACCUUUACACAAUAUGGGACCUUUAAAGUUUGUUUGUCGUCAGUGAACAUGGACCUGAGCAUGAUUAACCCGUAAUUAAUUCUGUUUGAGCAGUUACAGUUAAUUGGUAACUUAACUCAGUUUUUACACCCAGUUUUUGCGCACAGUUUUAAAUAUGAGAUGAACGGUUAAGAGGAAUUGUUUGAGUUGUGCUAGUGUACGAUAUUGACCCGGACAGCCAACCCCAAACAAAUCUCUGCUGUGGCCAUGGUAUAAAAAACUGAGCACCAGUCUACAGUCUGGGAGAUAAGAUGUUGUGAAAUAUAAUAAAUAUGUGACAUGAGACACGUUUAGUGUAAUGUACUGCACCUGCUGAAGCUGAUCUCACCAUGAAUAUGGAUUAUAGCAAUGAUCAGAAAUGCACUAUACAGACCCAAUACUGAAAUGUAUAAUUGACAAAGAAUUACACACACGAUGAAUUUCUAAUAAGCUGUGGAAAGAUAAAAAAAAGUACCUAGUAUCUGCCAUUUAGUGUGACUGUUUGAAAGUGAUGAUUCAUUCACCCCUAAAGUCUUAUCUGUUUAUUUAUCAAUGGUGUAAUUUAAUGUCUUUAUAAUUUAAUGUAUUUGAGCUGAUAUGAACACAAAUAUAUUGUAAUUUAUUGUAAGUUGUCAAUUACAUUGAAAUUUUA